GUGACAGGUAUCGUAUUCGAGUGCAACGCGCCAAGAGACUCUUCAUUUGCAUGUGCAGUAGCUGGUCCGUGCACAGGGAAGUUAUCUCUUGACACUGAGAAAGGGCGUGGAAAAUUAUAUUUAUUAACGACACAGCUCAAUCAGUUCAGCUUCUUUCUUUCUUUCUUUCUUUCUUUCUUUCUUUCUUUCUUUCUUUCUUUCUUUCUUUCUUUCUUUCUUUCUUUCUUUCUUUCUUUCUUUCUUUCUUUCUUUCUUUCUUUCUUUCUUUCUUUCUUUCUUUCUUUCUUUCUUUCUUUCUUUCUUUCUUUCUUUCUUUCUCUUUCCUUUUCCCUUUCUGUCUUUUGCUGCUCUCAGUACCGCAGUGAUGCGUCCUGCUUGCGCGCCUUGGACUGCGCCUGUAUUGUGAUGGAACUCCGGAGGUGUGUGUGUGUCACCAGGGAGCAAGAGGACAUCUGCAAGCCUAGUGUACCCAGAGUCCAUGGACGCACAAGAUGAACAAGUCCACACAGGAUAGCUGGAGCCAUGAAGAAAUUUACGUGAAGAAUACUGCCCGACGGUGACAUCGGGCCUGGAGUGCCUCAUGUGUUGGGCUCCCUCCUCUGUGUUCUUGGUCGCCGCUUUCCCGCAUUCUCCCAGCUUCAGUGGGAUGUCCCAGGUGGCUUUCCUCUUGGCCUUGCUCAUGCUCUGCAACUGCUCAAAGGUGUCUUCGACCACAUCCCCGAAGCGUGUCAAGGAGCAGUGGAGCAACUACAAGAAUCAGUGUUUAGACUUUUUGAACUCUCUACCCCCGACAACAGCAGGGGCGGUGUGUAACAGGACCUUUGACCAGUAUGCCUGCUGGCCUGAUGGACUCCCUGGAACCACAGUGAAUGUAUCUUGCCCUUGGUUCUUACCGUGGCAUUAUAAAGUCCAGCAGGGUUUGGUCUACAGAUCCUGUGGCAAAGAUGGUCGAUGGGCCCAGAAAAAUACCAGUGAAUGUGAGGAUGACCCUGGCCAGCAGCUGUAUGGGCACAUCCUCAGUCAGUUUCGAAUUAUGUAUACGGUGGGAUACUCGCUGUCUCUCGGAGCUCUGCUACUGGCCUUGGGAAUCCUCAUCAGCUUCAGGAAGCUGCACUGCAUGCGGAACAACAUCCACAUGAACUUGUUUGGCUCCUUCAUCCUGAGAGCUGUGUCCAUUCUGGUUAAAGAUGCCCUGCUGACCCUUACACUGAACCCCAGGAGCAGUGGUGAAACAAAGGUUCAAACUUGGAUCAACAUACCGGCUGUGAUGUGGUGUCGGGGCGCUAUGGUGAUGAUGCAUUACACCGUGAUGGCCAACAACUAUUGGCUGCUGGUGGAGGGCAUCUAUCUGCACAGUCUGCUCGUCAUCACUGUGUUCAGUGAGAAGAAGUACUUUUACAUUUACAUGGCCAUCGGUUGGGGCGCCCCACUUGUGUUUGUUUCACCCUGGAUCACAAUGAAGUACCUCUAUGAGAAUGAAGAGUGCUGGGAGAGAAAUAUUAACAUGGGAUACUGGUGGAUCAUCCGCUCCCCAAUAUUGGUUGCUUACCUGAUAAAUUUUUUCAUAUUUAUACGAAUCAUCAAAAUCUUGAUGUCUAAGCUCAGAGCUCAUCAGAUGAGAUACACAGACUACAAGAUCAGAUUAGCAAAAUCCACUCUGACUCUUAUCCCUCUGCUGGGGAUUCACGCCAUUCUCUUCACCUUUGUCAUCGACGAGUCCGUCCCAAAAGGUUCCAUUUUACGGCUGAUGCGGCUCUUCUGUGACCUCCUGUUCAACUCCUUCCAGGGGCUGCUCGUUGCCAUCUUGUACUGCUUUGUCAACAAAGAGGUGCAGUCAGAAAUGCUGAAAAAGUGGAAGCGGUGGAAGCUGGGUAAGGACAUUGACGAAGAGUACCGACACACCCAUAGCCAGACGCCACAUCUUAAAAGCGGGAGCAUCGCAACAGGAAACCUGCCUGAUCUCCUUGACAACAACACCAGAGACCCCAGUGGGGGCUCAAUGGGUACAGUGCAACACAAAAAAGUUGAAAGAGGCUCAUCCAGCUCUACCGCACCUGAUGAAAACCACCAGUUGGUCAUGUCCGACAGCGACGAGAUGGGGAAAGUCAACAAAAAUGCCUUUCACCUCUCCUUCCGGUCCCAGCGAAGCCUCUCCAGCACCACCUCGGAGGAUGUGUGUCUGGAGCAGAGGGCACAGUGCCACUCUUAUCCGACAGAAGGAGCAGAAACGGAUGUCUGAAUCUUUCGUGAAUUGUCCACUGUGAAGUAAGACUGUUGCUUUUAACCAAUGAACAAGUUUAAAGGAACAUUUAAUGGUUUUCGGAGCUUUGAGAUUAAAAAAAAAAAAAUCGAGACUGAAGACAUGCGGAUCGCACUGAUGACGGUUGAAUCCAACUCAAGUCAUGUAUUGUAAAGUGUGAAUGUGUUCGUGCCUCUGUGAUUUUAAUGUUGAUGCUUCUGUUGUGUGUGUCUUUAGUGCAAUGGAUGCACAUUUGUGGUACUCUACAUCACCCUCUCAGUAUCAAUGCCUUAAAAAAAGGGAAGAAUUAUGUAUGAAUUUCAACCCGUUUCAUUCGAUGGAAAUCAAUUUUCCAAUGUUGUAUCUAUAUUUUGGUGAAUGUAUAAUGAUGAAACAUCUGUGUAAUGUUUAAACUAUUAUGAAGGGGUCUACCGGCUACCACGUGAAUUUUAUGCGCUGAUGUAAUUUUCUCUCAAUUAAAUAUGCUGGCAUUUUAAGAGCUGAAAAGCAAUGCAACACAAAUUGCGCUCUUGUGUUGCAAUGCAUGACGCUGCCUUUGAUCACCGUCAUCAUGCUAUUCUGUUAUCAUUCUCAUUUUCUGUUUCAAUAUGGAAAGGAUGCAUGUACACACAUAAUUGCAUGCAGAGUGUAUCCUCAAAAGUCUUUGCAGAAUGACUUUCCAUUAGAAGGGGAAGGCGACACAUUUUCUGCUGCUGCAUUCGCAGCUCUUUUGAAACCAUAGCAUACUUGAUCUUUGUGUACAUGUGUGUACAUAUGUAUGUCUGUGUGUGUGUGUAUAUAGAUAUUUUUCUUUCCGCUAAAGGAGAAUGUGCCACUAGAAGCCAAUUUGUCUUUUAUUAUUAUUAAAAUAUAUAAGAAAUUAAAA